CGGCAUUACAAGUUGGUGCAUGCUGUGGAGUUAAUUAAUCUGCGUUAUUUCUUUGUUUAUUCGAGCUUUCUGCACCAACAAAGCGACCACAAGUUCCUCAAAAAAAAGACUUCUGGUUCUUGUCGCUGAUUGGCUGCACAGCAUUCAGCUACCUGUUAGCCUGUUAGCUCAACCACGUGGGUUGUACGUCACACUGUUGUUGUGAGAACCGAUUCUACCCACGUGCACUAAAAAACAGUUUUGUGUCCACAGAGCUGCUUUGACCAUCAGUGAACUACAAACUCUGAGGCUGCCUCCCAUCACUUCCGGUCGACGUUGUGACGUCAUCAGCACACCUGAUUUCAGAGUGUUGACAUGCAGCCAGCCAGCAUCUCCUAUGGCAAAGAGACAACACUGGCCUCAGGUGAUGAUGAUGAGGAGGAGGAGGAAGGUGGAGGUGGUGGUGUGAUUAGACAGGAAGGUGGGGCAGAAGAUAAGGAGAUGAAGAAGAUGAAUCCAGGUCUGGUGGAUGCUGUCACCAUGGAGGUCCAACGAGACGCAGGAGCCUCCACGGUGCCGGCAGGAUCAAGCGAUAGGAAGAUGAAGAGGAAGAUGAGGAGGGCGAAGCAAAAAUUGAUGAAGAAACAGCUGAAGUCGCCCGAUACGGAUACUUUAAUGUCGCAGCUUCCGUUUUCUCUGACCAGCCCCACUACAUGGAAAGAGCUUGGAUUCUCCAGCUCCAAUUCAUCCCAGAAGGAGAGAAAGAGGAAGAGAGGAGACAUCGGAGGGCGAGUGGACAGUGAAGAGGAUGCAGAGAAGAAGAAAAAGAAGAAAGAGAUCCAACGACCCAACUACUUUGUCUCCAUCCCCAUCACUAACAAACAGAUCAGUUCAGCUGUGCUCGAGCUCCAGGAGGCGGUGCUUCAGCAGGAGCCCCGACUGGCCAAAGCCAUGAUCCCUGUCCCAACUCUCCACAUCACGCUACUAGUCACUCAUCUCGCCAGUCAGGAGCAAGUAGACCUGGCGUCAGCCGUGCUGGCUCAGUUCGAGCCGUCAUUGGCUGAGCUGCUGGGUGGGCGGGACCUGGUGCUGCCCUUCUCAGGGAUCGGUCAUUUCAGAAAGGAGGUGGUGUUUGUUGGGCUGGCCCCCGGACAGCACAGACACACACUGGACAGUGUGGCAGAGUUGAUGCGGAGCCAUUUUGAGAAGCAGGGUCUUCUGCAAGAAGGCAAUCGUGGGUUUGAACCCCACCUCACCAUUAUGAAGCUGUCCAGAGCGUCAAAACUACGAUCCCAGGGUAUAAAGCGUGUGGACCCAGCCCUCUACUCCAACUAUACAAACAAGUUCUUUGGAGACCAGACGGUUGAGCGGGUGGAUCUUUGUUCCAUGUUGAAGAAGAAGCAACAAGACGGAUAUUACCACACUGAGACGUCACGACAACUUGAUUUGAACCCUCUCCAUGCCAAACGGCUAAGCGGGCGUCGUCGGUCUGAGCCCGAAGAGGCGGAGCUGCUGAGGGUCAGCAGGCGAUUGGUCGAGGAUGCUGUCAAUCGCGCCUUGCAACAGUACAAACAAGAAACACUUCAAAAUGGGGGUGGGCCUAACGCCACGGCUCCGCAGCCCCCUGGAAAAACAGAGGAGACCGCAACAAAGACGGACACUACCUCUAACUCCACCGCAGGCAACAGGAAGUGACAUCAUCGGACUGAGGUACAGAGACUGACAAAACCAGCCGCCCAGGAAAACAUCAGCCAGACCUGGCUAAAGGGGAGAAGGGUCAGUGAGCCCUGGGCACAAAGCCUGAACCAGCCAACCAGUCAGCCCAGUUUGCUGACUAGCUAAACCAGCUAGCCAACUACAACGGCUAGCCAGUCAUGCUAGCUACCUGCCCAACUGAUCUAGCUUGACACAAUGCUAUUUAAAAUAUACAAUGUAGCUUGAGUUCAGGUGAACAUCCCGACAGGCCAGCUAGCUAAGACUGUUAGUUGACUCACUACAUCUAACAGCAAGGACGUCGUCCUCUCGAUCGUCACUCAGCUGUCGUUCUGCGUUUGCACAUCAGACCCAGAAAACAUAUGUGAAGCACUCCUCUAGAGUCACACAUGUAGGGUUAACUUUGACCUGCCACUCACAUACUGCCCUUUUUAAAAGAAGAUGAAUCCUCCUCUGUAAAAAGUUGGGUUUUAUAAUCACCUGCACUUAUAUUGGGACUCGAUAACCUUAAUAAUAAAUACUUCCUUUUCAUUAACUUCAUUAUUUCAGGUGAAGAAUAUAAUUAAAUUUUCCUUUAGCAUUGGUUUUCUCUUGAAAGAUCAGUGCUGUCUUCAUUAACAACUUAUUACACAUCUGCUCAUCUUUGUGGUUGAAGGGGAUUUUUGAAAAGAGCUGGCAUGACUGUGUUGUGACUGGAUUCUUCAAAUCUUCAGUAUGAGAUGUUGGACUUGGUCUGUGACAGUUUUGUUGUAUUUUGCAGCGAGUCUGGGUUUAAAGCCCUUUCAAGUUUCAGGAAACGUUAAUCUUCCACUGUUUACUUUCACUUUCUACAUGAUGUGUCUGCAUCUUUUUCUUUUAUUCUCAGUUGUUUAUUGAAGGUGAUCUGGCCUCAGCUGUGCUUUAAAUAUAAUAUAUAUUAUUGUUUAAUUAACCACGUGUUUCCUGCCGAUGCAACACUGAGACAAUCCUCAACUUAAGAUCCGUUAUGAAUUCUGUGGAAAUUCCCAUUUUCUAAAAAGAAACUAAGCUUUUUUGAAAACCCAAUAUGGGCUCCUCUGUCACUUUAACUUAUCUCAACUAAUAGCACUAACUUUACGAAGAAGGAAUUGGAGAUACUUAAUUGCUGAUGCGUAACGAUGAAAUAACACUCCAACAAUACACUACAAGAAGCAUUUUCACUUCAUUAAUGCCAAAACCUCCAUUAAUGAGCUGAGUGCUUGUCUCAAUGAAAACUAUGUGACUAUUAUUACUACUAUUACACACAGACGUUCAUUUCAUUAACUCCUGCUUCCUGCCUGAUCAUUUAUAAAUUAAAUUGUUUAUUGUUUACACACUAUAUUUUCAUGUUUUGCUCCGUGGUAAUGAAUUUGAAGCAGAAGCAACACGCACAGACGACCUAGUUUGAGAUACAUUCUCUCAUAAAUUGUUUGGUGUUGAAGUCUACAACAGACUGAAGCCUUGCUGUUUGAGGCUUGGUGUUUAUUGGGAGUACUCACGCUGAUCAGAGGAGCUUUUAUUCUGUAGUGCUGUACAUGUGAGAGCAUUCACAGCCGAGCAAGUUCUUCAGAUGGUGAUGCUGAUGUCGGGGAUAGUUCACUCAGAAAAUUGCUGCCGUCAGCUGAAAACCCUUCCGGCUCUUGAUUUCAGUGUCUCUCAUCCAUUUAUUUUUGUUAAACUUGAAAAUUAAAUUGGCAUUGCGUGCUCUGCAUUUGAUCUGACAGCUCUUUAAAUUCAUUCAGAAACACAACGGCGUAUAGUGUGAAAUUAAGGGGGAUUGUGUGAAUUUAUUUGAAGUUUUUGACUGACAGCAAGAUGAUGAUUGCGAUUUGUUUACUCUCUUAAAUUAAUUAUGUUAUUUUAUCCUUUCUAACUAUUAUUUAUAAUGUGUUGAUGUCCCUCCUAAAGAAAUGAAGUUUCAUGUGAAAAGAUGUUUGAUUUUGAAUUGAGGGAGGGAGUUUUGUUUGCAUUCAAAGGUGGUAAAAGCACAAUGAAGAAUUAGCUUUUUUUAAUUGUCUUUGGUUUCACUUUUUAAAGAGCAGGUAAAUCAAAUCACCUCUGUUCAAGGUGGCCUUAAGUCACGAAAAACAAUUAGAUUUCUUUCUGUAAGUGCUUAAGGUGACAAUGCAUAAUAACUAGCAUAGCAUAGCUGUUUUUCAAGCCAAUGUGGGGUAAUUGGGUGAUGAUGGCUCGUUUUGCUGUGAGAUUUGCCAAAAAGUCUUUUAAAUGUAAACCUGUGGCUGAAGAGUUGAGUUUCUUGAGUUAAAUGUCAAAAAAUCGUCCACCGUGAAACACAAUUCAUUUAAGUUAUGUUAUUAAAUAUAAAGUCAGUCCACCAGCUCAGAUUUCCAGACAUGUGAGGUUUAUUUCUUUCUAGUGCGAACGGGUGUGAGCUGGUAAAAUGUGCCCUCAUCCCUGUGAAAUCCACUUAAGUCCUGUCGCUGUGGGCUCAUUGAAACGUCAAUAACAGGUGAAUUCUGUCUCACGGUGGACUUUGAUCGUUUCUGUUUUGAUCUUUUAUUGUCACCAGAUCCUUAAUCUCCUUAAAAUCCCCUUUAAUACACAAAUUGUCCUGUUGGCCUGUAUGGUUAGUCUGUUUUAUGCCUCCGAGUGUGUGUGUGUGUGUGUGUGUGUGUGUGUGUGUGUGUGUGUGUGUGUGUGUGUGUGUGUGUGUGUGUGUGUGUGUGUGUGUGUGUGUGUGUGUGUGUGUGUGUGUGUGUGUGUGUGUGUGUGUGUGUGUGUGUCUGUUUACGUCUGUUUGUGUUUCCAUUUGUCCAUGCGUACGUCUGACAACGUGGGUGUGUUAUUGUACCGUGUUGUAUAUCUUGGUCUGCCAUAUUUGAACAAUAAAACAG